AGCACAAGACAAAUGGAGGCAAGGGGACGUAAAACGAGAACCGUGCUGCAGCGGGACGGUAGACAAGGCUGAUUAAUUAGUCAAAUAAGAGGCCCGGUAACCAAACACCUCGGUCGGUUAAGGGCACUUGAGGCUGAGGUUACAGUAAGCUAGGCUACCUGUAGAUUUGAUCAAUUGCAGGGAAUUCUGUUCUCAUUUCCUCAUCGAACGAACGGCGAGUCUGUCUGCUUCGCGUUCUGUCAACAAAUACGCACUGGAAACCCGGUUUCAAUUGGUGCAGAAUAGGAGCCCUUUUCGCUGCAUACGUAUGCAGACCAGAGGAAGCUGAUUUGGACUGCUGCAGCCUGAGUGCGCAGUUACAGCAUUGGGUAGAGGGAGAGAACGAGGGGAUAGCCUGCCUAAAUAUUUACAGUCACGGAAUCAAACACACCGCGCACAACCGCUGCCGGAUGCGGCAUGAUGGAAGGAAGCUGUGUAGAAACUAAAGUCUAAGGAAGAAAUACCCGAACUUGAGGACACAGACGGCAGUGUUUUGCGUUAGAGUUCGAUGGGAUUUCGGCAGCGAUAUUAAUCGGUCUUUCACCCUCGUUCUGAAAUUCAGCAUCCAGUGUGAAGCUCAUCCGUUUCACGGGACCGUCGCGCUGCUGCGGAGGGCAUGAGAAAUGUAAACAGAAACGUUGGAUUUUAAACUGCGUGCAGGUCGCAGUCCCGGGAUAACCGAGAUGGAGCGAGUCGAGCCGGACCGGUGUCAGGAGGCGGCGGAGCCACCCAUCCACGCGGUACACGGGCCGAACCGGAUCAGGCCCUCGUCCUACCGGGCACUGCGCAGCGCUGUGUCCAGCCUGGCCCGGAUAGAUGACUUCAUCUGCGAGAAGAUUGGCUCGGGCUUCUUCUCAGAAGUGUUCAAGGUGCAGCACCGUAUCAGUGGGCGGGUGAUGGCUCUGAAGAUGAACACCAUGGCCAGUAACAGAGCUAACAUGCUGAGGGAGGUCCAACUGAUGAACCGCCUGUCUCACCCCAACAUACUCAGGUUUGUAGGGGUAUGUGUUAAUGAGGGACAGCUCCAUGCAUUAACAGAGUAUAUCAACGGGGGUAACCUUGAGCAGCUGCUGGACAGUGACCAGUACCUGUCGUGGUCAGUCAGGAUGGGCCUGUCUCUAGACAUCGCUAGGGGCCUGCAGUACCUCCACAGCAGAGGCAUCUUCCAUAGAGACCUCACAUCCAAGAACUGCCUGGUGCGUUGGGCCAGUGGCCAGUGUACUGCUGUGGUGGGGGACUUUGGCCUGGCAGAGAAAAUACCAGAGUACAGUGAAGAGUCCGACCAGGAGCCUCUGGCUGUGGUGGGCUCCCCCUACUGGAUGGCACCGGAAGUACUGCGAGGAGAGGUCUACAAUGAGAAAGUGGACGUCUUUGCGUAUGGGAUCAUCCUGUGUGAGGUCAUCGCUAGGAUACAGGCCGACCCUGACGUCCUCCCCCGCACAGAGGACUUUGGUCUGGACAUAGAGACCUUUCAGCACAUGGUGGGAGACUGUCCCCCUGACUUCCUGAACCUGGCGGUCACCUGCUGCCACAUGGAUCCAAAGCGUCGUCCAUCGUUCUCAGCGAUCGUAGAAGAGCUGGAGGGAAGAGUGAAGGAGAGGACUCAGAAAGAUGAAGCUGCACCAACGGGUGUGUGUGUCUGUCCUGGAGGGUAUGGAGCACAGGGAGCAUCUCUUUCUCCAGAUCUCAGCCUGCUGCGAAGACGGUCCCUCUGUCUCCCUGGUGACCCCCGCCUCUGCCGCAGCAAAUCAGACAUGCUCCCUCCAGUCACGCUCCCCACUCUGGCCCCUCCCACCCGUGUCAACCCCUUCUCCCUGCGAGAGGACCUUAAUGGAGGCAAAAUCAAACUGUUUGACACGCCCAGCAAGUCAGUCAUCUCUUUAACGUUCACCUUACCCCAACCUCUGGACCCCUGUACCACCCCCUCUGACAGAGCGGGGGGUGGGGGUAUGCCCCGAGGAAGGCUCCAUAGACGCUGCCUGUCACUACCCUGCACCCCUCCUCCAGAUCUCCUGCCCCCCACCACCAAAGACAAUAGUGCAGAGAAAACAGACCUAGGGACUGAUGGUAAUGAGAGGAAUGGAGAGGAGGAGGAGGAGAGGGAAAUCGUAGAAGAGAGGUUUACCUUUGAGUCUGAGUUCGUGGUCGAAGAGGAUGUGGAGAGGAGGAAGAGCAGCGAGGGCCUCACUGCCGAUGACUCCGGGCUUCCUCUCGACCCAGAGCUGCUGUCAUUAGACCCGCUAUGUAACGAGGAGGAAGUGGACACAAGCAGCCUGGAGGAAGAACCCAUGGACUGCACCAGCUCCCCCGACACUCUAGAUGGCACUCAACCUACAGUCCUGCCUUAUUCCAAACCCUCCACACCCACACCCCCUACAUUCACCAAUGGCUGGGGCAAUGUUCCCCCCAUAUCCAAUGACCCUCCCUGCUUGCCCCCCCUACCUUUGCCCCACCUAGGAUGUGGGGGCACCAACGGGUACCACUCCACUCCUGGGGGGCCCAUAGGGGGCUCGCCGUUCAGCUCCGGUAACGGUUCCGCUCCCUCUCUGGAGCAGGAGGAGGUUAUCUCAUGUUCUGGAUGUUGCCUUGCGGGGCUCCGAUUCCCCUCGCUGUGUUUCCGCGCACCCCCUCACAGGAACCCCUAUAAGAACCUGAACAGGGACAGUACGGGAGCCAACCGAGGGUUGCUCUAUAAAGGUCCUAAGGGGCGACCGUCCUUGCCUACCAACCCAGAGCCUGGCCUAGCCCUGCCUGGGGCGCAAACAUAGAUACAGAAUGCCCCUAACCACAGAUCUAGGAUCAGAUUACACCAAAUCCCAACUGUUUUUCUUAGGAGAGAGACUCUAAACUGACCUUAGAUCAUUGCCUAGGGGGCUACUUCAUUCCAUUCUUACUCAGAUGGUGACAUAGGAGGUAAAACUGCUGGUGUGGAUGCACUGCUGUGCUGGUUGCCUCUAAGUGAUGGUAUGGCGCCCUCUGCUGGACUGAGGCGGUAAUGAUUAUAAUAAUAUAGUCAACACCUAUAACAUAAUAAUGCUGUACUGACUGUAAAGGAGUGAGUGGCGAUUCCACUGUUUCCUACAGCAGAUGCAGGCUUGUAGACUGACUGAUUCAUAAAGAAGCAACGACAAUACUUUCCCUCAGCAUGGCAACACGUAUUGGUCAGAGCCAUAUUUAAAUGUAUACAUGGCUUUGGUAUUGGACCAAUCCCCUGGGUUAUGUGUGUUCUGAUAUCCUCCUAUCGUGGGGGGUCUAUGGCUGCUUCCCUGACAGUCAGUUGUAAAAAAAAAAACAUAUUUUUGACUUAUGUUGAAGUGUUAUGAUUUGUAUGUUUUGAUAAUGUCUCAAUGGGUUUAUGCUCAGCAGUUUGUCUUUGUGUUCAGACAGCUAUAUGCUGCACCCUGGAGAGGCCAUGAGCAGGGCAGUGUGUGUGUGCACCAGUGAGCCAUACACUGUUCUGUUGACUGAUACAGUAUGUGACUGACGCUGUACGGGGUCUUAUGUUCCUCAUCCUCGAACGGCACUUGUAUUAUAUCGUGACUUGUUAUUAUUUGAGAAUGAAUGGUCAAAGACCCACUUCAACAAAGUAUAGAUGAAUAUUAUUUAAAUGGCAUUGAAUAAAAUAUUAGAAUGGACAGAC